CGCCCCUCAACGCUGACGUCAUCACCCCCGCGGAGCCGCCAUUGCCUUCCCGUCGUCCCAGCCUGGAGGCCGGCGGCGUAGCGAGGGACGGCAUGCGGUCUGUCAGCUACGUGCAGCGCGUGGCACUCGAGUUCUGUGGCAGCCUCUUUCCGCACGCCAUCUGCCUGGGGGACGCUGACAACGACACGCUGAAUGAGCUAGUGGUAGGAGACACCAAUGGGAAACUCUACGUGUACAAAAAUGAUGACAGCAAACCCUGGACUGUACGAUCCUGCCAAGGAAUGCUUACAUGCGUUGGUGUGGGAGAUGUAUGCAAUAAAGGAAAGAAUCUUGUAGUGGCAGUGAGUGCAGAAGGUUGGUUUCAUCUUUUUGAUCUGACUUCCCCUUCAAAGCACCCAGAUGCUUUAGGCCACCAUGAGUUAGCGGAAGAGCAGAAGCCAGUGUUCAAGCAACAUAUUCCUGCCAACACCAAAGUCAUGCUAAUUAGUGACAUAGAUGGAGAUGGGAAAUGUGAGCUGGUGGUAGGUUACACUGACAGAGUAGUGCGUGCCUUCCGCUGGGAGGACUUGUCAGAGAAUUCAGACCAUGUCUGUGGGCAGCUGAUCCUGCUGAAGAAAUGGUUGCUGGAAGGUCAGGUGGAUAGCCUUUCUGUGAACCCAGGCCCUGAUGGCUUACCAGAGAUGAUGGUGUCCCAGCCAGGCUGCGGUUAUGCCAUUCUGCUGUGCACCUGGGACUCUGAGCAGCAACCCAUGAUAGAGGGGAGAGAGAGCUCUUCCCCAAGCAGAGAGGCCCCUGUUCGAGAUGUUAUUCUUCACCAAACAUCUGGCCGGAUUCAUAACAAGAAUGUUUCCACUCAUUUGAUUGGUAGCAUUGGCCAAGGCUGUUCCAGUGUGGGUAAUGGCUCCGGUCUCUUUGCCCUAUGUACGCUUGAUGGGACAUUGAAACUCAUGGAAGGGGCAGACAAGCUGCUCUGGUCUGUGCAGGUUGAUCACCAGCUAUUUGCACUGGAAAAGCUGGAUGUUACUGGCAAUGGGCAUGAGGAGGUAAUUGCCUGUGCAUGGGAUGGCCAGACAUAUAUCGUUGACCACAAUCGCACAGUUGCCAGAUUUCAAGCAGAUGAGAAUGUCAGUGCAUUCUGUGCAGGCCUAUAUGCAUGCAAACGAGGAAGCAACAGUCCCUGCCUGGUUUAUGUCAGUUUCAGUCAGAAGAUCUACAUCUACUGGGAUGUGCAGCUGGAGAGAAUGGAGUCCACCAACCUGUUAAAAAUCCUGGAGAGUGACCCAGAGUUUGGCAGUCUACUGCAGGAGCUGGGUGUAGAAAAAAGUGAUGUUUCUGCAAUCCAAGAUCUGAUUUACAAAACACUGUAUUUUCCCGAGAAACUGCAGCCUAACAGCUCUUUGCAGUGUCAGAAUCCUGGAAAAGACUCCUCUGCCCACUACACUGUCAUCCAGAAUCCCUUACAAGACUCAAGGUGAACAUCUUUCAUCCCAUUGGAAACUCUCUUCUGACUGGAACUAAGCAUUCACCCUGAAUGAUAGUAUUCUCAGCUUGUCUCUUCUAUCUCAGUUGAAUUUGGAUGGGAAUAAUAGGCUCACCUGCUGUAUUACAUCUGUAUCUUCUCCCAUUUGUGUAAUGUUUUAUUGGACAUGCGUGGAGCAGUCCCUUCACCAUUAUGGCAGCCUGAGGGGAUUGUGUAUGCGAGCAGAUAUUAUUAAUUUGGUGGUUUUGUGUUAGCAAACGAUAACAUUUAAAGAUCUUGAAAGCUGCUUUUUGAAGGCUUGCUGUGCUAUGCUCUGCAAAAUAUCCAAAAGCUGUCCUAACAGCGAGAAUUAAUUUUGUGUGGAGGAAAAGGAUGUCUUGCCAUUGGGUCAAAAAAUCUGUUGCUCUUGUGUGGGAGAACCUGACUUUUUACAUAAUACUGCAGCUUUUUUUGUUUGUUUUUUGUUUUGCAAUUUCCAUUUAUAAGUUUAUGAAAUAUUUAUAGAGAACAGCAUCAGUCUUCUGUAUCUUAUGGCUGUGAAAAUUGAAGCACAAAGCAAUAAACUGAUACAACUUGCUUUGUAACAGUGAGCACUCCUAUUACUUCUCAGAGCAGCAUUUUUGCAUCUCUGACUACUCUGUAUCUACAGUGGAAGUUUUUCUCCAUUUUAAUGACCUCUCAGAAGCAUUUUUGCAUGCUCCCAUAUAAUACUAAGUGCUUGUAUAUAACUGGACUAAUGAGGCAGGAGCUCUGAAGUUGCAGUAGAGCUUUGGUACCAGUGUUGAUCAAACUAGUGGAAGUUUUGAGCAGCAGGGCAUGAAUUUGUUAUCUAUGGAGAGUUGACAGUGUAGGAACCACAUACUAAUGGGUUAAAUAAAGAGUUGUUUUGGGGGCUGCUUAGCUCUGGACUGUAAUUUCAGGGAGUUCCAUCACCUUUCGUGAUGCUGAGAUAUACAGCCACCUGUCCCACUGGGCAGUCACAAUACAGAGCAUAUCCUUAGCUGCUGGCAGAUAGUGUGACUUGGGCUCUCAUCAUUUUUAUUGUGCUUUCCUAAUCAUGACGAGUCCUGUACUGGCUAUUAAUUAGGUCACAAUAAAUUGGCUUCCGUCUAAUUUCAGGUUUCUGUUUCCGACAACCUAGAGCUGCUGUUCUGACUGCCAGAACAAGUGAGAAUUCUCACUUUUCUCAGAAUUUCAGGUGAAGUAGCAACUACCCUUCUCUCUUCUCCUGUGGCCCAGUUGUAGAGGUGGGAUGAACAGGCUGGUUUCUUUGUAUUCUGAGAUACGUUCCUAACCCUAUUGCUACUUGAUUUUAAUCUUCAGAAUUAGUGGACCUGACACUGAGGGACCACAGUGGAGCAGAGUUCUGCAACGCAGGUUGCUGAAAACAUAUGAUAGAACAUGUGCUGUUCUAUCCCUAAAACAAACUGCUGCUCUUCAUCUGUGUUGGGUUGUGUAUUUCCUCCUCAUACAUCCUUAAUUCUGUGGCAUCUGCCUCCUACACUGGAAAAGAUAUAUAUAUCUUUAUAUAUAUCUCUAUAUAUAAUUACAAAUAACACCAAUGUCUGAGUUCUCACUCAUGAUUUGCACAACCUAGCAUGUGUACAGCUGCAUAGGUGAUGGACUCUUGCUGUAUGUGCAAGAGUCUUGUGCUUGCCAUGGCCCCACUUAACAUCUUUUUUGGCUUUAGUAAGGCAAGCAGUUUCCGCAGAAGUACUCUUCUUGAUCCCAUAUUGGGAUCUCAGAGGUUCCUGCAACAAUUGCCUGGAACAUUUCAUUUGUCACUAGUUGAGCUAAUAUGUUAGCUGGGUCCUACAGGCUAUUGCAGCGCUACUACAUUAAAACUUCCCAACCCAUAACAGCAAAAGAAGAUUGUCUACGCUCAUUAACAGAGAACAACUCAGUGCUGGCAGUUUAUGUAAAAUAGGUAUCUUUCUUAGCAACACAAGCACAAGGGGGAUACAAAUGGUUGUAUGACUGAAACUGAUUUAUGCAAAACAAAUUUUGCUAUACAGGUCAAAUGAACAGAUAGUUCAAAAUGAUCUACUGUUGAAAUGUUGAUUUAUUUUAGUCAGAACAGGAAAGCGUUACUGUAGAUGAAUGACAUUUUUCUAGGAACCAUCUUAAGAAGAAAAUAUGACAGAACAUGUAAAUGUUGCAACUUGUGCAGCUUAGGCCUUUUCUCCUGUUGGAUAUCGUUGCUUUGUGCAGUGCAAGCUCAAGAAUGCUUCUUUGUGGAAAACAGGUUAGAAGGUAUGAACACUGCAUAUCAUGGGUGUCCAACUUUUUUGCUUGCCUGGGCCAUACUGAGUGAAUGGGAAUCAUCUUGUACCACAUCUAAAAUACGUAAUAAUGUAUAAAGUCUCAUAAUCAGACAUGAUAAAAUUUUUGAGUUGAAUAUUAGAUUACAGCUGUGUACAAAAUUCACAGGUAGUGUAUUUAGAUUGACUGAAAUGGAGUCCCAAAUACAAAAAAAAAAAGUUUGUUUUUCUUUAAUCUAAUCUCAAAGCCUAUUCUCAAAUUCUUUUUUCAAAACUGAAAGCAAGGCUGCAUAUUUUUCACUGCUCACAGGACCGUGUUUAAGCCAGCAUAUCAAAAUGCAUGAAAUUAUUUGACAUAGCUUGAGCUUGCCAUAAUUUAAGUUUUAUAUCAAACACAGUUGGAGACACAGCAGAUGAGAUCAUUUUCAUCUUGCAGCUGCAUGUUUAACUCAUUUAAAUGAGUGGACAAAUCUGUCAAAAAUGCUAAAUCUGCGAGCCAUUUUUAAUCUUCACAUUCUGACACAAAUUUUGCUUUUGACUCCACGAAGGACUUAAUUUCAUUUCUCAAAUCAUACAAUAUUUUUAGUGUUCUACCUUUACAUAGCCACCUGGCUUCAGAAAAGUAAAUGAUGUUCCCAUAAUCAGCAUCCUCACUUUUAAGGAACUCCUGGAAUUGACGAUGAUUCAAUCCCUUGUUAUGAAAUACAGAGCUUUGAUGAUGUUUUUGAAUUACAUCAUCAAUUUUUAAAUUUAAAUUUAAAAUUUAAAUUUUCUUGAUGUUUGAUGCAACAGUAUUUCACCAAGUGUGAUUUUUCUUGUGGCAACUGCAUUAUUUUCUCUUUAUUUUCCAAGUCCCUUUUUUUACCAGCCAUUAGGGUGCUAUUAGUAGCUUUAACAAAUAUGUUAACAAAUGUUAAAGAAAAUUGCUUGAAUGUAUUUUUUACUGUUUCAUACAAGUGGGGAGAUGUAGUUGUGUCUUUUAUAGACACCAAAGAAGCCAUUUUUUCAGUGACAUUAUAUUCAUUAUCAGUAUGUAUUACAAAAAUGGCAGGUAGAUCUGUAUCUGUAGCAUCAAUACUUUUAUCACUAAAGCAAAAAAAUAUGAAAUUAGUAUUGUACUCUCCAUAUUUCUUUUGAUAGAUUUUCCUUUUUCUUCUAUUCACUUGGCUGUAGUCCUGCAAGACAAACUGAUUUUAGAAAAACCUGCUUUGGACAUAUCAUGUGUGCCAUGCUUUCUGUACAUUGCUUAAUAAACUCAUCUUCGGUAAA